GGUUCCGUUAGCAGAUGAUGUGCGCGUGAAGACGGAGCGGUGCGUACACAGGGCGAGUGAACUUGGGGAGUUCUUUUGUACGGUGGGAUGAAAAUCACGGCUACCGGACAACCAUUACUUAACGAAUAUGUGUUAAACGUUGUCCGGUGAGUGUACACCCCCUCGGCCCCUCGCCAGGAUCCCCCUGGCACCAGCAGGAGAGGGGGAGGACUGAGUGAGCAAGUGAUCAUCUGACUGCCGACAGAUUGAAUGAAGCUGCACCUGGUGCUUCUGAGGGCCUUUCCCAUGUUUUGAUUUGCUCCGUUUUUCACUUUCUACACUUGGUUUCAACCAACCGCUCCCUGCCAUGCCGUCCAACAGUCCUGCUGCCACCGAACCGCCCCAGACGCCAGAGAACGACACCUCCAAUGAUGUGAGUGAAGACGGAGCAGACCAGGACAGUCCAGAGGAGGGGACGCCAGCAAGCCCCCGCAACAAGCGCAGAGUGGGUCGUCCUGGCAGGAAACGCAAACAGCUGCUUCCUGAGAUGGCGACCUCUGACCCAUGUGCAAACGCCCCUCCAACUCCACCUGAGGAGCCGGAGCCGUCACCCUCUCCUCGCAAGAAGCGUGGGCGUCGGAAACUCGAGCCACCAGAGAGCAAUAAGGACGAGCCAGACGACAGAAACUGCGACUCCCCCAGAGAGGGUGAGACUGGGAGGCUGCGGAGGAGGCCAGUCCCCAGAGUGACUUUCCAAGCUGGAGAUCCGUACUACAUCAGCAGGAGGCAGAGAGAAGAAUGGCUCAGCCGCUGGAAGAUGGAGGCAGAACGAAGGGCGUACAGAGAGGCAGAGAUAAACAUGAUGGACGACCUGUCAGAAGUUGACUUUCAAAAAGAGGAGGAGCCUGCCAGCCCAGCCCCUCCCCCUUCACAACAGCAUACAGACCCCGCCUCUCCCACAGUCGCUGUGACACCAGAGCCGGUUGCUAGAGGAGACCAGGCUAGGCCCAAUGAAAUAGAGUACCAGGAUGACCGAGGCUUUGGCAUCGGGACGCUGGUUUUUGGGAAACUGCGAGGCUUCUCUUGGUGGCCCGGCAGGAUCGUGUCCUGGUGGAUGAGCGGCCGGAGUCGAGCUGCAGACGGCACUCGCUGGGUGAUGUGGUUUGGUGAUGGAAAAUUCUCUGUGGUUUGUGUGGAGAAGCUGAUGCCUCUAAGCUCCUUUUCAUCUGCCUUCCACCAGCCAACCUACAACAAACAGUCCAUGUACCGGAAAGCUAUCUUUGAGGCUCUGCAGGUGGCCAGCGUACGCGCAGGAAGGCCAGUUCCUUCCUGUGAUGCGAGUGAUGAUGCAGAGGGGGUGGAUCUUCAGACCAGACAGAUGAUAGAGUGGGCAAUGACCGGCUUCCUGCCCACUGGUCCGCAAUCAUUAGACCCUCCAGAGGAGGAGCAAAAUCCCUAUAAGGAAGUGUACCCAGAGAUGUGGGCGGAGCCUGAGGCUGCAUAUACCCCUCCACCUGCAAAGAAACCACGCAAGAACUCAGCAGAGAAAGCAAAGAUCAGAGAGGUGAUCGAUGAAGGGACCAGAGAGAGACUGAUUUUUGAGAUCAAAAAGAAGACCAGAAAUAUAGAAGAUAUCUGUAUCUCCUGCGGAAGCCUCAAUGUCUCUCUGGAGCAUCCUCUCUUUGUAGGAGCAAUGUGCCAGGGCUGCAAAAACUCGUUUCUGGAGUGCGCCUACCAGUAUGAUGACGAUGGCUACCAGUCCUACUGCACCAUCUGCUGUGGAGGCAGAGAAGUGCUCAUGUGUGGCAACAACAACUGCUGUAGGUGUUUCUGUGUGGAGUGUGUAGAUCUAUUGGUAGGAGCUGGCUCAGCAGCGGCGGCCAUCAAAGAAGACCCCUGGAACUGUUACAUGUGUGGACCACGGAACAUCUACGGUUUACUGCGACGACGUGACGACUGGCCCUGCAGACUACAGCACUUCUUUGCCAACAACCACGAACAGGAAUUUGAACCAGCCAAGUUGUAUCCUCCAGUUGCAGCAGAGAAGAGGGAACCAAUUAGAGUCCUGUCCCUGUUUGAUGGCAUUGCCACAGGUCUGCUGGUGCUGAAAGAUUUGGGCAUCCAGGUCGACAAGUAUGUUGCAUCUGAAGUGUGUGAAGACUCCAUCACUGUUGGCAUGGUUCGACACCAUGGACGCAUCAUGUACGUGGGAGAUGUACGUAACGUAACUCGCAAACAUAUUGAAGAGUGGGGACCAUUUGACCUGGUGAUAGGAGGAAGCCCCUGCAACGACCUCUCUAUCGUCAACCCUGCAAGAAAAGGCCUUUAUGAGGGAACUGGUCGGUUGUUUUUCGAGUUUUACCGUCUGCUGCACGAGGCUCGGCCAAAACCGGGUGAUGAGCGUCCGUUCUUCUGGCUGUUUGAAAACGUGGUCGCUAUGGGAGUCAGUGACAAACGAGACAUCUCCCGCUUUUUAGAGUGUAAUCCCGUGAUGAUUGACGCCAAGGAAGUCUCUGCUGCCCACCGCGCUCGCUAUUUCUGGGGAAACCUGCCAGGCAUGUCAAGACCUCUGACACCAAUGGCGAAUGACAAGCUGGACCUACAAGAGUGCCUCGAGCAUGGCCGUACAGCCAAGGUAUCCACUUCUUUUGAGAAGUUGCGUACGAUAACGACACGCUCCAACUCUGUGAAGCAGGGGAAAGAUGAGCAUUUCCCCGUCUACAUGGACAAUAAGGAGGACAUCCUCUGGUGUACUGAGAUGGAAAGGGUGUUUGGUUUCCCCGUCCACUACACCGAUGUGUCCAACAUGAGUCGUCUGGCCAGGCAAAGGCUGCUGGGACGUUCAUGGAGCGUCCCCGUCAUCAGGCACCUCUUCGCCCCGCUCAAGGAAUACUUUGCCUGCAACUAGUCACACACCAACUCUCUCUCUCACACCCUCACAGACACACACUGAUAACUGCAGACAGUAUACAGCUAGUACAUGAAGGUUGGCUGAUGCAGACUGACACGAAUGACCGGACAUGCAUACAUAAACACACACAUAAACACACACACACUCACACACACAUUGUAAAGAACUCUGCUUCCCUAGAUUCCAUGUAGACCACUGGCUGACCUUAGUCCCCUGGUGCUACCUUGCUGACUUACACACACACAGACACAAAAACGCGCAGGUGCAGGGUUUCUGUACUGUAAAUCUUCAUACACAAACUUCCUGUCCGACCUUGAAACUGAUGUCUUUUCGCUUUACUGUGUCGUAUCAGCUGGAGUUCAAACCUCCAGGGGGCGCUGAACUAACAAAGCUGCCCUGACUUUCUGUUUUAUUAUCUCUCUGAAUACAUCAACACACCAAUGAAUCCCUCUGUACCAUAACACUUAACUGUAUUCAUAUGUAGUGACAGUGCUGCUGGUGUGUUACAGUGCAGUGAACACAAAUAUGUACAAAAACACAUACACACACCAGUUAAUGCUCGCGGUGCUGGUCAGGCAGUGAUUGAGUCCAAAUGGUGCCACUUUAAUACAACACUUUUACAGUUUUUGGUGCUCUUAAAGACUAAAUGGUCAUUGGUUGUUUCAGUCGCUGCAGUUUUAGGUCCCUAACUGAGUUAAAUCAGACAAAUAUAAGCGGGUGGAGGCCAAACCAGCAACGAGAGGUGGCCAUGAAUUUUUUAGAUCUGUUCAAUGUGCUUGAGUGUGCAGAGGAGUGUCACAGGGUAAAAACUAGGGCAACUGUGCUCAGAUAGUAUAACAUGAGGCCUUUUACUGCAACUAAAUCAGAUUGUAAGAUUGAAUGUUUUCUGAAGAGGAGUCGAUUUGGUGGGACAAAUUAUCUUACCAGUUGAGUUCAAACCUCAGUGGACCAAAAUCCAGUCGUCUUUAAAGGCACCUGAUAUGAAAUAAAAGAGUAAAUUUUGAAGGAUGCCACUGCACUUUAAGGUUAAGUGCAUGCAAAAUACAUUUGUUUGUGUACACAUAUAUAUGAGGGGCAAAGUCAGAGCAUAAAAGUGCAUAAAAUGAGCACAAUGAAAAAUACUAGUAUUAAAAUAUUAAAUUUAGUUUUAAACAAGCUUGAAACAGUGCAGAAUGUUUAAAAAGACUUUCAAUAAAAGUACCACCCACAGUGCUGUGUGCGUAAUCAGUGUUUAGAGGGCCCUCUAGUGGACAGAGGAAGUAGUGUGCAUGACACCCUCUCAUGUUGGGAUAAAACAUUUAAUACUAGUCUGUGUUAGAUGUAACUGUAUUAGAGAAAUUGUGAACAUAAUGAAGACUGCUUUUAUACUAAACCACUUACUGACCAUUGUUAUAUAUAGAAUGUACACGUACUGCUGCGUGUAUCCUAGUUGACAGGAACAACAUCCACGAUAACAUCCACUAUUUUCUGUGAUUUUUGCAAUAUUUUAGGCAUCAAGAGUAGUUCUUUCUAUGGCAACUAUGCUGUGAAAAACCAGCAGCUUCUUAAUAGGGAACAGUAUGUACUGGUAUGAAAAUUGGGAUGUUACUCAAAAAACUUUGAUGUUUAUCUUAAAUUGUAAUAAUACUGUGUUUCUCUUAAAUAUUUAUAUCACUUUUCCUGGCAGAGGCUAAUGCGAGGUGAUAGUCUCAGCUGAAACUAGAUGUUACUAUUGAAUUCUGCAAGAAAAAUAAAGACCCCUCUGUGGUAAAACUAGUACCCUGUUGGUCAGGUAGAUGUGAUAAUAUUGUACCAGACUGUCUCUUUAAAAUUAUGAGUGAAAAAUAACACUUUUUAAAGCCUGUAGUGCUCAUUAUGCUGAUGAACUGGAGGAAAAAUUCAAGUCAAAUAAUAAAAAUGCAGUUAUAAUGCACUGUGACAAUAUAGUAGUCUUUAAAUGUGCAGUCUUGCCAUUCAUUUAGUAUCUCUUUUUUUUAAAUAUUUCUGCUCCAGGUAUUGAGGUUUAGCAGAAGGCUAUAUACAAAUGAUGGACGUAGCCUCCAUGUGCAAAAAAUGAAACCAUUGUGGAAGUGACUUAAGCAUUCACUCUUUCUAAUAACCAGUCGCGGGCAACUUCGCUGGUCAAUGUGAAACUGACUGGGACGAGAGGCUUCAGAACAGUAGUCCACAAACCAGUGGUUGUAGUCAUCCAUCUUUUAUAUAUAGCCUAUGGAUGUAACUCAACUUGUAAGAUUAUUACUGUCUGCAAAGCAGAACGGCCUCUGACACUAAAAUAUCAGUGGACUUUUCACAAGCUCACUGUCCUCAUUGCAGCAGCAGCAUUUCAUGUACCCCCUUGCAGUGCAGCUUCUCUUGUGCCUCAGUUUUAGUGUUGCCCUUUCUUGCCGGUGGAAAAGUGGAAGUCCUCCAGCAGUCAUGCUCCCACCCUGCUCCAUAUGGAUCUAAAAUGUCCUCCAGUUACUGAACUGCAGCGUCAUCCAUGAAACCAGAGGUAGACCAUUACUCUUUAGACACUAUGCUGGUUUUCGUACAACUAAAACAGAUGGCCCUGUAUAAAUAGCUAACACUUCUUCAGAUAUUGCAGAUACAACUAUACCCCCUGUCUUGGGUGUUUCUCAUGCCUUUUCCCCGGUGCAUUACGGGAUAAACUCAGUUGCUUCAUGACUCUGAGUUAGAAUAAUCAUCAAGAAAAUGGCGUGAUCAAUUGUAGUGGAUAUGUUUCUAUUAAGAUUUGUACACAUACAAACACUAUAAGAAACAUUUGCGUACCAAUGGAUGUUUUAUUUAAACAGGGCUGUCUUUGGAGAAAACAUUUCAGUCUGGUGCUUGUGGUCCUUAGAUGACCAUCUUUUCCAGGAAGCCUUCCGAUCCUCUGACCUUCCUCAGAUACCAGCUAACAACUGGACACAUGCAGUCAAUACGGAUACGCUCUAUUUCACACACAGACACAGACACAGACACAGACACACACACACACACACACACACACACUGUACAUGCACAAACAGUCUUUCAAACCAACAGUAAACCAGCAGGUUCAAAGUAUUUUUUUCAUCAUGUUUACUCUCCGUUUAUACAACCAACCUUCAGGUGCUUUUUAAACUCUGCUCUUUUUUACAGUGCUCUUGCAAGUCAUACACACACACACACACACACACACACACACAUACAUUUGCUGGAAACAAGGUGCCGACUUUCAUGCUUCUCGUAACUCCUUCGCUACCAAACAUGCACACACGCAUACAUGCACACACACUGUGUUCUUGCCGGCUCCUGUUGCCAUCAGGCUUCCCACAGCGCUGCUGGGUGUGACAUCAUCACCCUCGCGUUGCUUGGUGCUCCCAACCCCCACCCCCACCCCACCCCACCCCACCGUCCUCCCCAGCUGAAUACCUUCCAACAACCCCACCCCACCCCAAGGUGCUGCAUGUCAGUCAGUCAGUGUAAUCUCUGAUUCCAUGUUAGAUUAGGGAGUAAUGAUAAUAAUAAUAAUGGUAAUAAUAAUUACAAUAAUAAUCUGUUAUUGUGUGUGUGUACUGUUCCAGGUUGGUGCUCAGUUCAGUUCAGUCUCAGCCUAGAGGGGAGAGAGAGGCUAGAGAAAGCAUAUAUUACAGUUAGUAUAGUGACUUGUUCUAUUGUACCCAAGAAUGCCAGAAGAAAUUGUUGAACCGAUGAGCUGCACGGCGCUCUCAAACCAGAGAUGGGUUGAAAUAACACUGGUUGUACUGUUAAAAAUUGCUGAAGCAAAAUCCCCAGAUUUGAACUGCUGAACCAAUAUGUCUACGUAGAUUCUCAGUCAUCCAGGUCAUAUUAAUCCUAGCUUCUUCAAUAGAAAUCAAAUGGACUCUUUCAGGUUCUUGAGCCAAGUGAUUCUGGUGAUCCACGUUUCUAAAGAGUCUCAAGAUAAAUGUUAUACAUCAGAAAGUCAUUAAAAAAGCAAGAGCAAAAAAAAAAGCUCAACAAAAUUUACAAAAAUCUUUAUACUCUGAACAAAAAUGGAAACACAGCAUGCAAAUGGUCUUCUUUUCUGACAAUGAGAAGAAGUUAGUGUUAUUUAUAUCUAUUAUUUCGAUCUCCCUAGAAAAAGGUUCAAUUCAGCCAAUUGUGUACAAAAAAUUCUCGGCUACUGACUCGGCUGGAUUACCACAGCCGAGUUGGUGUGGUUUUAAAAGUUAAAACCAGAUAGAGUGACCAGUACAUAGACACUAUUUUCACCAGUGACUGUAAAAGGCCACCUAAAAUUGCAGCCGUAUUCUAUUAACAUGAUGCCAAUAAUGACAAGAUAAAAAUGAGAAUGGGCUGCUGGCCUGUCAGGGCCACGCUCUGAAUGUCCACAAGAAAUCAUUACCCCUGCAAUGUCCACAACCUUCACCAAGUUCUUCAGGGGAAAUGAGAAAAUAUUCCAUAGGCAGCUUCAACAUCAUCAUAUUCAUUUUUGUGUCACAGAUGCGUGGCACUACAUAAUGAAAUUGUGGACACACUUGUAACUGACACGGGGUUUUUAUUCUGUGACUCCAUGCAAAGGCAAAGGCUGCUGGGAAAUAAAGGCUGCUGGGUAUCUUUAUUUUGACGUGGACGUAGUGAUCUCCAAAGCCGUACCCGCUGACCCGAGCGAUUCCUUUCCCCGUCAGACGGAUCUUCUGGUCCGUCUGGUUGCUUUCUGCCUUCUGUGGUUGAGAUGCUGUGUAUUGGACCAACAAAUACUAAUUCACCUAUAUUAAAUGGACAGAAUUUAGCUAAAUAUUACCUGCUGAUUUAUAUUUCUGUUCAGUAUAUGUUCAGAUUUUUUAGAAUGGCAAUGCCAGUCUGUGGUUUCAUCCCCCUACUUUAACCCACACUAAAAUAUCUCAACAGCUAUUGGAUUACGGUGAAAUUAUGUCCAGAUAUUCAUCGUCCUGCGAGUAUUUAUCUUAAUGACUUUUCUUCCAGCACCAUGAUAAAAUUUAUAUAUCUUGAAAACUAUUAGAGAUGAUUUACAUAUGUUUUGGUACAGUUAGUUAUGUUUACCCUAUCUAAUAAUUUGAUUUAUGGCUACAUACUUGUGAAACAUUCCCACCAUCCUCAGCUGUUCUUUGUGCUAAUUAGUCAGUUUUAGUAAACUAACAUGCUGAAUUAAAAUGUGAAACAUCAUAAGCAGUACCUCCUAAACCUGAGCAUUACCUACUUACUGUAGUCAUUGUGAGCAUGUUAAAAUGCUGAAAAAGGACAAUGAAAUAUUACAUAAUUGUAUCCCUUUUCAACUCUAUAACACAUUGACAUGAAACAGUUUGCAUUUUUGUUUGUUUUGUUUUGCACAAGUUAAAUUGAAAUCUUUAUACAUGAUGAAAAUGAAUGUACAAUAUAAUUUUCAACAAAUAAAGUCAAGGAACUCAUUGAUCAACAAAAAAAUGCUAUUGCACAGACAAACAAAUACAGAUUGUAAAUCAAAGACAUAUAGUUUGGAAAACACUGGUUCAGCACAGCAAUUUUCAGCUCUUUUCUGUGUUAUCCCAACAUAUCUUUUUGAGAGCAAAGUGUGACAAAAGCAUGAUGAAAAGAAUUGAUAUUUUUAAAUGACGAAUGACACGGUGAUGAUGUUUCUGUUCGCCUAUCGACAGCUUUUAGGCUGAGUGAUGCGCUGUUUUAAACACUGAUACACUUUCAAACCAACACACACAGAACACUGUUAUUGACACACUGAGUGAACGACGCUCGGAGACACAUGCACAACACCUACAAAUACAAUGCUGUGGCGCAUACAGACACUCAUCUCAUGGACUAAAUGAAAGAUGAGCUUUUAGGAAAAGGAGGACGGGGUGGUGUUUCAAAAGGUGCUAAAAUUUUAUCUGAAAAUAAGAAAAAUAUAUUGUUAGGAGUAUAAAUCAAGUUUGUCUUUACAAUGACUGUAUUUAAGUUUGUCGUAGUAAUGAAAAGGCACUAUUAUUAUUUUACUCUUGUAUGAAUAUGAACUAAUUAAAAAGGCAUUUUAACUUUGUACUUGAACAAUGUAAGAAAUGAACCGUGAAUAAAAAAAAAAGGACUGUUUCUUGUGA